AUGGAUGUGGAUGAGAAGGCAGGGAUUGAGCUGGGGAGUCCGUCUGCUGUUAUGGAGCAUGCAAGAGAUCUUUACGUGUCGAAGGAGUAUAGAAGCCUCGAGGGGCUGUUUGGGAAGUACUUGAAGAAGUCCUACAAUCUGGAUCUUUGGAUGCUAUACAUUGAGUAUGUCAAGAAGGUCAGCCAGAAGAAGUUCAAGCUGUAUGAGGUGUAUGAGUUUACGCUGGGGCAGUUUGAGAACUACUGGGACUCCUACGGGCUAUACAAGGAGUACAUUGAGGAACUUGGGAAGAUUGAGGAUGAGCAGACAAGGAUUGAGAAGAUAAGGAAUGGGUACAUGAGGGCGCUACAGACGCCCAUGAGCUCACUAAGCGAGCUUUGGAAGGACUUUGAGAACUUUGAAUUAGAGCUGAAUAAGAUUACAGGGAAGAAGAUAGUCAGCGACACCCUUCCCAUAUUCCAGAAUUCGUUUCAAAGAUACCAGCAAAUACAGCCACUCAUAAAGAGCUGGAGCAUCAAGAAUGCGGCAAAGCUAAUAGAUCUAGAGAUGGAGAACGAGGCAAAGCUUGGUGCAAGGGCGCAUGAGUCCAGAAUGCACUUUAUACAUAACUACAUUCUGGACUCAUUCUACUAUGCUGAGGAGGCCUAUUUUUUCUACAGCGAGUAUCUGAUUGGGAUUGGGCAGAAGGAAAGAGCAAAGAAGGUGGUACAAAGGGGGAUUGAGAUGAGUGACGGGAUGUUUCUGUCUCUGUAUUAUGGACUUGUGAUGGACGAGGAGGGGAUAUAUGCAGACCUGAAGGGGAGAUACUGUGGAAAAGAGAACGAUGGCGGCGAGAAGGCAUCCAACAAGGAGUGCGAUCUUGUAAGAAUCAACCAUCUGAACUAUGUUCUAAAGAAGAGAGGGCUCGAGUCGUUCAGGAAGCUAUUCAUUGAGCUUGGGAGCGAAGGGAUAGGCCCCCACGUCUUUAUAUAUUGUGCAUUUGUUGAGUACUAUGCAACGGGGAGCCGGUCGACGCCCUAUAACAUUUUUUCCUCCGGGCUCCUGAAGCACCCCGACUCCACCUUGCUGAAAGAAGAGUUUUUCUUGUUCCUGCUCAAGAUAGGAGACGAGGAGAAUGCAAGGGCCCUGUUCAAGAGGCUUGAAAAAACAAGCAGGAUGUGGGACUCGAUGAUAGAAUAUGAAUUUAUGGUCGGGAGUAUGGAGUUGUUCAGGGAGCUUGUUGAUCAAAAGAUGGGCUCGGUCAGAGACAAUGCAAUUCUUCCUUCUCUCCCUGCAAAGGACCGAUGUGUGCAAAUGGAGGGGAUACUGGGGAGGUAUCAUUGCUUCCUUAGUUCGUUCAAUUUCCUUGAUCUGAAAAUUAAAGAUAACUCAAGGCUUUUAGACGAGUUUGUGGAGAAUCUGCCAAAGAUAAGCCAGCAGAGCAAUGUGCUUUCUAACCUGAGAUCGGAGAAGAUAAUCGAGCUCCUCAAGUGUAUGCAAUGA